GGGCGGCGGAGGAUGCAGCCGCGGCGGCUGGAGGAGCGAGGAGCCAUGCAGCGCUGUGCGCCGGGGCCCCGGCCGCAGAGCAGGCGGAGCGGGGGCGCCCUCACCACCCUCCUGCUGACAGCUUUUUUGUUAAGCUCUGCUGAAGGGAUAAAUGGAACAAUUAACUGGAAGACUAAGCAACCCAACAGUUAUAUUAUCAGCAGAAUAAGGGCUGCUGAAAAGAAUGGUGAGAUCAGUAAUGAUCCUAUAACAUUUAACACCAACUUAAUGGGUUACCCUGACAAACCUGGAUGGCUACGCUACAUUCAGAGGACACCAUACAGUGAUGGAGUGCUGUACGGAUCACCAACUAUAGAAAAUGUGGGCAAACCAACCAUCAUUGAGAUCACUGCUUAUAACAGGCGCACCUUUGAGACUGCAAGACAUAACUUGAUCAUUAAUAUAAUGUCAGCAGAAGAUUUUCCUUUACCAUAUCAAGCGGAGUUCUUCAUAAAGAACAUGAAUGUAGAAGAAAUGUUAGCAAGUGAGGUUCUUGGAGAUUUUCUUGGAGCAGUGAAAAACGUGUGGCAACCAGAGCGUUUGAAUGCUAUAAACAUCACCUCAGCUCUAGACAGGGGAGGCAGAGUUCCACUUCCUAUUAAUGAUAUGAAAGAGGGUGUCUAUGUUAUGGUUGGUGCAGAUGUUCCAUUCUCCUCAUGCUUACGAGAAGUGGAAAAUCCACAAAAUCAGCUGAGAUGCAGCCAAGAAAUGGAACCUGUAAUAACUUGCGAUAAAAAAUUUCGAACUGAGUUCAAUAUUGACUGGUGUAAAAUCUCUUUGGUUGAUAAAACAAAACAAGUUUCCACCUAUCAGGAAGUGAUCCGAGGAGAGGGAAUAUUACCUGAUGGUGGAGAAUAUAAACCACCGUCUGAUACACUGAAAAGCAGAGACUAUUACUCGGAUUUCCUAAUUACACUGGCAGUGCCCUCGGCAGUAGCACUGGUGCUUUUUCUAAUACUUGCUUAUAUCAUGUGCUGCCGACGGGAAGGCGUGGAAAAGAGAAACAUGCAAACACCAGACUUCCAGUUGGUCCACCACAGUGCUAUACAGAAAUCCACCAAAGAGCUUCGUGAGAUGUCCAAAAAUAGAGAGAUAGCAUGGCCUCUUUCAACACUUCCUGUGUUUCACCCAGUUACUGGUGAGAUUGUACCACCUCUUCACACAGACAGCUAUGAUAAUACUAGCAUGCCACUAAUGCAAACACAGCAGAACCUGCCACAUCAGACUCAGAUUCCACAGCAGCAAACUGCAGGUAAAUGGUAUCCCUGAAGAAAGAAAAUUGACAGAAGCAAUGAAUUUGUAAUCAGAUAAUGCAGUAAUCAUGUCUUAUUUCCUUAUAUGUGCAAAUAAUGCAUGUGCUUUUCUGGUGUACAGUGUGCAUGCCCACAGUAUUAAGUACUUCAGUGCCAGAUUAUACAAUCAUUUCCAUUUAACUAGUGUAUCGUAUCUUUUUUGUACUUUGGACAUUUUUGACAAUUUGUAAAACACUGAUAACUUUUUAUAUUUGUUACAUUAAGGAAACUAUCUUUAAAAUAAACAUAUUAAUA